CCCGCCCCCAGCCCCGCCACGUCUCUCUCGGGCGCCGCUCCCGCUCCCGCUGCCGGUGCUGCUCCCGGGGCCGCCCCCCCUCCGCCCCGCCGGGCCAUGGCGUUCACGCUCUACUCGCUGCUGCAGGCCUCGCUCCUCAUCGUCAAUGCCGUGGCCGUGCUGCACGAGGAGCGCUUCCUCCGCCACGUUGGCUGGGGAAGCGAUCAAGGGAUUGGAGGAUUUGGAGAGGAACCAGGAAUUAAAGCACAGCUGACAAACCUCAUUCGAUCGAUACGAACAGUUAUGAGAGUGCCAUUAAUAGCCCUGAACUCCAUCACAAUUGUUCUCCUCCUGCUGUUUGGCUGAAGACACCCCGUGGAAACCCUUUGGACAUCCAAAGAAGCCAGUUGCUGACCACCACUGCUCUGAGUUCCCUGGGAUCCAGCACGGUUUAGCUGUCAAUCUGACAUUCAACUUAAAAUAAUAAAAGACACUGUUUCUAUUUAUCCCAUUUCCUAAUGUUCCCUUGCAGUUUCAUUAAGCAGGAUCAUGGGAUCAAUGCAACAAUGCUGCAAACACAUUGGACUGUGACCAGUUCUGUUGCUGCCUGUUCAUAGUGUUGAUUAAUUAUUAGAGUAAAUGUCAUAGGAUGUUGCAGUGACUGGCAAUGGGAUGCAGCUUUUAAAUGCUUUGUUACUCAGGGAUGAAUUUCCUUCAGUACGCUCUCCAAUUUGUUUUUAAAUUGAGGAAAACAACAAUGUGUUUGUUUCCAUUUCAAUUACUACCACGGAACUGUUUAAGAGAAUGUGAAUUAGGCUCUGAAAGCAUGUCAUAAAGAAUACUUGUUAUAAAGGUUUGAAGUCCAGCUGUGAUAUGGAGGGAGAUAAAAUCAGCUGGGUAAAGUCCUGAUUCAGGUUAACAUUGGAAGCUGGAUUUUUCUGCUUUGAUUGGGGAUUUUUGUCUUCAAAUCAGUAUUUCAUACUGAUGGUAAAGUCAGUAGAAAAUGGGUGCAAUUGCAGUGCAUAAUUAAAAGAAAAAAAAAAAUUAAAAAUUAAGAAAAAAAAGCUGUACUUAAAGCUGAGUAACUCUGUGUUAACUUUGGGGAUAUUAGUGAUUAGUAUUUGUUACUUUUCUGUCAAGAAUUGUUAUACUUUUUAAAAUAUGUAUUAAACUCUGCGUGGUGAUCACUGUGGUCAAAGUGGGGACCUGUUUGUAUUCUGAGCUUCCUGGGAAACAUGGGAGGGGAAUACCAUGGGAGGUGAAUACCCUGCACUUUGCAAUUGCAUUUCUUUGGGAAAACCCCGAAUUUGCAGCCUCUUCUGUUAGUGCUCCUUCUCCUGCCCUCCGUCAUCAUCAUCAUCAUCAUUUGUUAAAUUAACAGCUUUGAAAGUGCAACUGUGUGUGUGACUUUGCAGUUCUGUGGGAGAGGAUGCUCCUAAUUGCUUUCCUACCAGUCUUGUCUCAAUUAAGACUGCUGAGUUAGGUCUGAAAAGGUGAUUCUCAUGUAUCUGUACAGAGAAGUUAGAAUUCUUUGUCUGUUCUUCUGCUAAAGUGUUUGACUUUAAUUUUAAAGAGGGAAGGCCAAGGGAAACCUGGCAGUUUCAUUAUUUUAAAGCAGCUUAGCCAAUCAUCUUUUCUCCCAAUGUCUUGAUGACUAAAGCAUAUGCUCUUGUAUAUGAAGAAGAAUAUGUAAAACAUGUAAAUGCAUUUAAAUGUGAUCUUCAAUCACAGGUUUUUGCAGAGUAAAGUACAUCCAGGAGGAGAGGUUCAUGUUGUUUCCUUUUCUCUUGUGAUUUUUGUAAAUAAAUCCUGAAUUUCCAAGUUAA